AGAUGUAUAAAGGACAUAUUAUGACGCCAAAAAAAACUGUGAUAAUCCCAGCGAGUUUUCACGGAAAUAGUGCUGCGAAAGGAAGUGUAAAAAUGUGCUUAACAUAUUUGCCAGCCAGCAAUUUUCGAGUGGUGACUUUGUGAACAACGGGUGUGUGCUAUAAAGUUAUUUUAAAAAGGAAUAUAUCACACGGAAAGCUGAGCAUAGGGAAUAAAUGCUUCUAGGAAUAUAGAUAUAUCUUGGCAAAAUCGAAAUCAGUCGUUUCAAAAUUGCUUUGGAUAAGGCAUAAUGGUGUUAAUGAUGCGACAGACAUCGCAAAAAUGCGACCAAGAUGAAAAAAUAUGGGUACAAGUCGUAGCAAUUAUCAUAGCGUGCCUCUCAGCAAUAACCUACGGCCUGAUCCUAGCUUGGACAUCACCAUUUAUCGUAAAAAUCACCAACGAUAAAAUUAACUACGACAUCACUCCAGAUCAAGCUUCAUUGCUGACGUACAUCCCCCCCAUAGCCAUGGUAAUAUCCUGCAUAUUCUUCUCUAAGCUCAGCGAUAAAAUUGGUAGAAAAAAAACUUUGAUGCUCAUAUCAAUUCCACAUUGCAUCAGCUGGAUUUGCACCAUAGUUUCAAAGAAUUUGUACGUUCUAUACGCAGCGAGGCUCUUCGGAGGCACAGCUGAUGGAUGUUUGCUAGUAACACUGCCUGUGUACAUAGGAGAAAUAUCUGUACCGAAAGUUAGAGGUGUUUGGGGGAAUUUAGUAGCAGUUUGUACGUUUUUUGGAAUUUUUUUGAUUAAUGUAGUAGGAUCACAAUGUUCUGUAGAAGUGACUGCUUAUAUCUUCCUUCCUAUACCGAUAAUCUUCAUAUUAUCGAUGCAUUUCUUACCUGAGUCUCCUUAUUGGUAUAUCAUGCAUGAAAGAGAUGAAGAUGCAAAGAAAUCUUUAAGAUCUUUUCGAGGUAUACAAGAUGUUGAUAAUAUUUUUAUUAAAUUAAAAGAAGAUAUUGACAAGCAAAUGAAAGAGGCUGGAACUUGGACAGAUCUAGUAACAAUACCAACGAAUCGUCGUGGAUUAAUAGCAGGAAUAUUUUUAAGGGUAUCGCAACUAUUUGGAGGUGUUGGAGCGUUAAUGACGUACACUCAGUACGUUUUUGCUAGCUUGAAGAUCGAUAUACCAUCAGAAAUCCCCACGAUAGUGUUUAGUGGUGUGUGUUUUGUGCUCCUAUUAGUAACAGGAUAUUUCAUAGAACGCGUUGGGAAGAAGAAGUGCUUUAUUAUAACCAGUUUUUUAAAUGCUAUAAUACUUCUGUUAGAAGCAAUCUAUUUCUAUUACGAAUUAGAGGUACCAGAAGUAGAUCUAAGCAAAUUAAAUUGGUUUCCAAUUGCAGGUAUGGUUCUUUACGCCGUAUUUUGCUCGUUUGGUAGCAUUCCUAUACCAAAUGUUAUGUUGGGAGAGCUAUUCUCCACUAGUAUCAAAGCAAAAGGUGUAACUGCUUUGAUUAUAACGUUUGGAUUAGCUUUUUCUGUUUCAAAUUUUAUAUUUUAUACAUUGAAUACCAAAGUGGGGAUGUAUGGACCAUUCCUGUUCUUCGGGAUAUCUAAUUUGAUAUCAAGUGUUGUAGCUUUUUAUUUGUUACCAGAAACGGCUGGUAAGACUUUGGAAGAAAUUCAAAUGAUUUUGAAAUAGGAGCUGAUUUAAUGAUAGAAGCUCUGAAACAAAUACGUGGUAAUUUUGAGAAGAAUAUUUGAUUGAAUUUUGACAAUCUAUCUCAAUUUUAUAAAUAGGAUAAUUAAUUCAUACUAUCUGCUCCUGGCUUUUAAAAAAUAGUUAGUUACUCCAUUUUUGUAAAUAAUCUAACGUUUACGGCAAGAACUAUUAAUAAAAAUAUUUAUCAUCGUCAUCUGAAGCUAAAAAAUCAAUCUUAGGAGCAGGGAUUUUCCAAAUGUCUCUAUUGCAUUUGUACUUUCUUCAAAUUGACUGUUUUUCUUAAAGCACUGGUUAUUUUGGUUUUUUUAAAUGCAACAUAACACUAAACAAAUUAAACCCAAAAUUGAUUCAAAGGAAUUGAUAGAUAGAAUUAAAACCAAUAUUAGAAAAACGGCAAAUAACAGAUUGAGACUUAUUUUUGAAGUCCCAGAUUCUAAAUUAUCAAAAAUUUAAGAAUUUUCUUUUACUCUGUACAUUAUAUUAUACUAAAAUUAGUACAAACACAUUUUUCAUACCUAAUUUUAACUUUAAUUGUAUUUAAUACGCUGUGAUCUAGACAAAUAAAUUAUUUUUAAGUA